CCACCUUCGCUGACCCGAGGCCAUGUAGACCCGACCUGGGCCUUUGUGGAUAGACACACGGCCAGGGACACCGCCUCUGCUCUCUGGGGGACACAGCGUACCACCAUGCCCCGGGGAAUCACCUGGCUGCACUAUCUCGGGAUCCUCCUUGGCAUGGCCUUGGGGAACGGGGGUUUGGAGAUGUGGCCCUUGACCCAGACCGAGGAGUGCGCUGUCACCGGCUUUCUGCGGGACAAGCUGCAGUACAGGAACCGCCUGCAGUACAUGAAACACUACUUCCCCAUCAACUACAGGAUCAGUGUGCCUUAUGAGGGGGUGCUCAGAAUGGCCAACAUCACCAGGCUGCAGAAGGCUCGGGUCAGCCAGCAGGAGCUGCGGUACCUGUGGGUCUGGGUGAGCCUCAGCGCUACUGAGUCGGUGCAGGAAGUGCUGCUCGAGGGCCACCCAUCCUGGAAGUACCUGGAGGAGGUCCAUACACUGCUGCUGGACGUGCAGCAAAGCCUCACGGAUGUGGAGAUCAGCCCCAAGGUGGACGCGGUAGUGUCACUUCUGAGUGGCCCGAGGCUAAGCCUGAAGCUGGUGCGACCCAAAGCCCUCCUGGACAACUGCUUCCGGGUCAUGGAACUGCUGUACUGUUCUUGCUGUAAACAAAGUUCCGUCCUAAAUUGGCAGGACUGUGAGGUGCCGAGCCCUCAGCCCCACAGCCCAGAGCCCUCAUCACAGUGCGUGGCUACCCAGCUAUACCCUCUGUCCCAGAGGCCCUCUAUCUCCCUGCCCCACUCCCCAGGAUCCAAGCCCGGACCCCCGGCUCAGUGAAGCUGCUGAGGGCACAGGCCGAGACCUCUUGGCCCUAGCAGCCUGUGUGGUGACCUGUGUGGGGCAGCUGGAGGUGCUCCCGCAGUUCGGUUGAGCCUGAGACACGUGUGGGCAGUGGUGAGGAGCACCCCCCCUCCCCGGGGGGGAGAGGAACCCCCAGGAGAGCGUUUUCCCUUUGAGGGGAUUCUGUGCCUGAGAAGGGUUCAGCUUCCCGCAUUCUGUACCUCACCUGGUCUCACCUGGAGCAGCGGGGGCCUGGGGGCACCUGAAGGUGGACAGAGUUCUCUUCCCCUUCCUGCACCACCUGGGCUGCCUCCCUUGCCUGGAGGCGGCGCUGAGCAUCUCCCGUGGCCUGCAGAGGUGAAAACUGUGCCGGAUGGGGGGUGAGCAUGGGGAGAGGGCAGGAAGCCACACACCAUGUCUUGCCACAGUGGAUGCUCUUCCAGUUCCUCUUAUAUUUUCUAUUAAACACUUGCUUGUUUUGUUUUGGCUUGGUUUGCAUCUGCAAAGGUGAACCCCAGAGGGCAGCGAGCCUCUACGUUCCAGUUCCAGCUGGUCAAGGGUAGGACGCAGGAGUGGGGUGGGCUGGUCGGGCCCUGGGGCUUAGGUCUCAAGGUUGGGAUCUGGAAUGGAUGAAGCCUUACCCUGGCAGCCUGGAAACGGUAUUUGAGAGCCUGAGUUUCUUCCAGGCAUGCCCUAGCGGUUGGGGCCUCAGCGAGACAGACCGAGGGGCACGGUGUCGGAGAGGUCUUCCUCCGUGUCCCCUGGUCACCCUCCCUGGCUCCACCUGGCCAGGACAGAGUGGAGGUGUUCAAAAGCAUAGAUCCUGGCACAAGACCCGGCCCCUCCUGCCCCUGCAACACGGACCCCGUGCUCCCCAGGCCGGAUCUGGGGUAGGACAGGGCCGGGAGCAGCGGUGGAGGGAGCCAGGCAGAGGCAGGGCUGUUAAUUACAGUACAACUUUAUUAAUACUGGAGUCUUCACAGUGCAUUUGUUACUCGUAGCAGUGACUAUUUCAAUCAAGGGGGGGUGGAGGGGGCAGGGAGGAGAGGAGAAUUUAUCCAAAAACGGACAGAAAGAAAAGAAACAAAAUGGGUCAGAUGGGAUUGGGGGGCGGGGGGGGGGGAAGAAAGGGUGAGUAGGAACCAGGAGGGGAGACCUGGGUGGGGAAAUAAAUUAAAAAAAGGAACAAGUUAACAACAGCACCAGAAAAGUUACUUCAGUCAAAAGACGCUUUUGAAAAGAAUAUUUCUCUGUACAAAUGAAAAAAAAAAAAAAAAA